AUUCUAUUGUAGUGUGAAGACACUUGUGCAUGGUUCGAUUUCUAUUUUUUUACAUCUUUUGUUUGCGUCGUUUUUUUUGUUAAAGUGAAGAGUGAUUUAUAACGAAUAUUCAGUCAAGAUAAGGAUUUCUCGGCAUCAUUUAAAUACUCGCAAAGUGAUAACACUUUCAUCUUGAUUCAAAAACAAAUCUCGAACAAAAGUGGUUUGAUAAAGAAAAAACACUAACUUGAAUUAUUCGUGCUGGAGUACUGAAUAUUCGAUGUUUGCAUAAUUAAUGCAUUCACAUUAGCGAGCAAAUAGAAACCAACAUUAUUUGAAAGUAAUCAUACCAUAGAAGGCCAAAUAAAAUGUCUUUGUCUAAGCCACUAUUUGAUGCUCUAAGUUUUUACUUGGAGCAAUUAUUUAUGCAUCCACUUCGGACAAAAUCAAUAACCAGCUGCGUCUUGGCAUCCAGUGCGAAUUUUGUCUCGCAAAAAAUCAUCAUGGGAAACAAAGAGAUCAAUCAACAGAAUUUGUUUGCAUAUGCACUAUUUGGGUUGUUAUUCGGUGGAUCAAUGCCGCACUUUUUCUACAAAAUCAUGGAAAAGACAUUGGUUGGACGAACCAAGCUGAAUCAAUUUCUAUUCUUUGGUUGCGAACGCUUAAUAUAUACACCAAUGUUUCAAGCAUUAUCACUAUUUUUCUUGUCAAUAUUCGAGGGUAAAAGUCAAGAAGCAGCCUUACAAAAUUUGUACACUCUCUAUUGGCCUGUUCUAAAAGCGAAUUGGUCAUACUUAUCACUGCUUGUGUUCAUCAACAUCAAAUUUGUACCACCAAUUUUCCGUGUGUUGAUCGGAAAUUUAAUUGGUUUUGGCUGGGUGAUUUUCUUGACGAUGAAACGCCGAAAGUUGCAAAAUCAAUUGGACACCGCAAAUAAUACACGCAUCAUUGUGACCGAUAGUGAUUCAACCGCAAGUACUGGCGCAAUAAAGAAAAGACGAGGCAAAGAUAGCAACUGAGCGUCGUGAUUUACCACACUUCACUCAACGCCAACUGAUGGUUUUUGUGAUACUAUUAUUCAAAAAUCAUGAUAUGGAUUUCGGUGAUGGAAUUUUCUACGAUCAAUUUUGAAUAGUGCCUCAAUUUUAUUAAGUAAAUUCCAUUUUGCAUGAAUCGUUGUUUUUAGUAAAUUCCAUUUUUUUGUUUUAUGUUAUGGACAAUUUUUGAUUUUGCAAAAUUGU